CUCGGCGGACAUUCCAGUUGCCAGCAACGGCGAGUAAAAGCCCUUGCUAUGAGUCGUCUGGUAAGAACUCCUGGCCUGGAGUCGCUCGUCAGCCUGGGCUGCUGGAACUCGUACUCUGGUCGUUCAAGGUCGUGUCGUAGGUGCUCCACUGUGCUGCCGAGCGAAAGAUGAACCCUUGCUUGUCAGCCGCUUGCUGGCAUGGCUCCGUCCUUGUGAACGAGCCGUGUGCAACCGGAGAAUCGGGAGAAGAACUCAGUGCUGGCUGCAGACAGACCUCAAGUCCCAGUUUCGCCUGCCUCUGCCUGCAGAAGCUCUUCGCCAGAAUCAUCAGCUCUGUCAUGGACAUGAUGAGCGAGGCCUGCAGCGCUACCACAGAAACUAUCACACUUGAGAGUCCAUACCUUCUUGCCGCACCGCAUGUUCUCAGUACUCCUGGCCUCUUUGUCACAUCAGCAACUUGCGGCCGCCAACGUUCAGCUGGUGUCAGCAUGGCAUCUUGGACUUCAUCCACUUCGUUCGACUCCCUCCGGACCCUCGACGCCGUGUUCCGGCAUCUGCCAUCGGCACGUCGUAAAAGAGAUCAGACCAGGCGCAUUAACUACCCACCGUAUCACGGUGCAAGUAGACGCCACAGCCCUCGCUGUUGUUCUCUGGAACAGCAGCGGAAUCCCCCGCCUCGGCUUUGCCUAGCAAUGUCCAAGGUAGGAAGAAAGUCCGGUUUUUAUGGACGUCUUUUGACCGGACGAAUACGCCCUCGCUGCUACACAGCAUUCUGUGUCCGACCGAGCGGAAUCAAAAACCAGUCCUUGUGGGCAGCGCGUGCAACAGAGAGAGCUUGUCGACGACCACCUGUGCCUGAGGGAGCGGCCUAAACUUGCCGACUUCCAUAUGACGCUUGCUUGAGGACGUUGGGCGACUGCUCCAUGGGCAGGCCCGGACUGUUGGCUGAGUACAUGUCGGGCUGGCUUCGUAGGAUUCGGCGCCUGGUGCAGAAAGCGAGAUCGGGACCCAUCUUGAGUUGGCGUCAAAGUUUCGUGCUUGUCCG